CUUGUCAAUCCUCUUUUCUAUUUCCAUACUCUGGUUUGUUUGCUCUAAUACUUGAUAUUUUGCUUGUUUUGUUCAAAUAUAUUGUUACUCUAUCCUCGACUUCUCCUCAAGAUUAAUGAAAUAUUCAUGAAUCCUUUUUCAGAUAUUUUUGUAAAUGGAGGGUUUAGGAAUGACAAAUUCGAUUCACCUUGAACUCAGUUAUAAAUUUAAGGGAAAAGUCUCCACUGUCCACUUCUUAUUUCUCUGAUCAUGGGUUCAAUCGAGAAAGAGAAGCACGUGACACGCGGUCCAAAACAGCUUUUAAAACUAGGUGAAAGAAACAAAUGUACUAGGAAUCAAUUCAAACACUAAUACCUAUGUUAGUGGAGUUCAAACUGACAUAAUCAAAAUAAUGGUGCAAGUAUUAUAGUACAUGUUGCAGCACCAUACAUGGCGGAUUUUGUCUGAUCCUCAGCAAAACAAAUAGAUUCCCCCAUGUUGAUUUCACUAAUCACUUAGCCUGCUAAUUAUACCAUCUCCACCAUCUUAAUUAUUCAUUCUUUGCAGUCUUAGCAAUUGGAGUAGAUCUGAAUUUUCAUCUCUUUUUCGGAAAAUAAACAAUAAUCAUGGUUGGUCUAGCUGACAUCCCAUUCGUGGGAAAAUUUGUGGAUAAAGUAUCUGAAUAUACAGUUGAUGCAGUGUUUCGUGGCUUGAAGUAUAUGUUCUGUUAUAAAACUCUUGUUGACCAACUCAAUUCGGAAACUAGGAAGCUUAAAAACGAGGAGGGCAACAUGUCCAGGGAAGUUGAGAAAGAAAAGAAAAAUGGUAAAAUAAUUAAAGACUAUGUAUCGGAAUGGCAAGUCAAUGCGCAAGAGAUUCAGAAGAGUGCUGCUGAAGAGCUUUCACCUUCAUGCAGCUGCAUCAAGCGUCUGCCCAUUCCUAAUCCCAUCUCCCGUUUUCGAAUUGGUAGGAAUGCGGUGAAGAAGGCCAAGGCAGUGACUCAACUCACCGAUUCCGUAAAGGAACACCUAACUGGAGGGAUUGCAUACCUGCCAGAGGUUAUAAUCUUGCCAAAUUCUGGUACCACAUUCGAGGAGUUUCAAUCCAGAAAAGAUACUUAUCAGAAGCUCUGGGACUCGCUUGUGAACGAAGAUGGUCCUCUGAUUCACGGCAUUUAUGGAAUGGCCGGAGUUGGCAAAACUCGCAUGAUGGAACAGCUUUGGGAAGAGGCCAUAAAGAAGAAGAUUAUCAACAAGGCGGUACGAGUUAAUGUAGGCAGUGAAAACAUGGACAAAACAAAGUUGCAAGAACAGAUUGCUGGCCUUCUAGAUUGCAAACUGGAGUCCGAAGUCAUGGAAAGAAGAGCUUCUCAGCUGGAAAACAGUUUAAGAAAUGGGGAUAAGGUUCUUCUUAUAUUAGAUGAUGUCUGGAGGGACAUUCACUUGGACGAUAUCAUUGGAACUCCAUUUGGCAAUGGCACUAGUUCUUCUGGGGGUCCUAAAAUCCUCUUCACAUCUCGAACGAAAGAAGUGUGCUCAGUUAACAAGUGCCAGCAUAUUGUCGAAAUCAAAACCUUAAGUCCUGAUGAAGCUUUGUAUAUGUUCAAGAAGAUUGUUGGUCCUGCUGAUUUAAAUAAUCCUCUACCGGAUGAAUCCCUGGUGAAAGAAGUUUGUGAUAAGUGUGGUGAAUUACCAUUACUCAUUCAUGCGGUUGGCAAAGCAUUAAAAGGCAAGCCUCACUAUUGGUGGAAGGACGCACAGGAUCAACUUAAGAAAGGCAAAUUUGAAGAAAUUGCUGAUGUAGAUCCGCAAGUAUAUACCUGUAUAAAACUGAGCAUUGAUUAUCUACAAAAUGUUGAUGCCAAGUCAUGUCUUUUUCUCUGUUCAAUGUUUCCUGAAGAUGCUGGCAUCGAUAUGAAGAUGCUGAUCCAGUUAGCAACAGGCUCGCAACUUAUACCCAGUGGAGAAUCAAGAGUACUUGCUAUAGUUGAUUAUCUCAAGAAAUCUUCUUUGUUGCUCGACUCUGGUGACAAUGCUGAAACUAAGGUUCAUGAUAUUAUCAGAGAUGUAGCAAGAUCCAUAGCUUUCACAGAUUCAAAAUACGCAUUUUUACAGGUAACCUGCAACUCAAGGUACUUGCCUUUUAAGGCCAAUUAUAGUACCCGAAGAUUCUUACGUUUAGAUGUGGAGACGGAUGAUGUUGAUUUUGGCGAGCAUCGGGUAUGCCCAGACCUGCAUACCUUGUGGCUGCAAAGCAACUUCCAUCCCUUGAGGGGACAAUCCAACAACCACCCGCAACAAUUCUCAGGUGGCUUCUACAGUAUGUUUGUGAAUCUCAGUUGUCUGAUGCUACAAAAUGUGGACAUUUCUUCGGAGCACUUCUCUCUUCAGCCUUUGGGUAAUCUUGGGACGCUUAGCUUAUUAGAGUGUGACAUAAGCAGCACGGAUGCUAGACUUUUUUCCAAAAGUCUAGAAUCUCUUUGCCUUUAUAGGUGUAAUCUCCCUGAGCCGCUGGAUGUAGCAAACCUGGAAUAUCUUCGAAAGCUAGAGAUCCGACAACAGAGAGCUGUACUGGUAAGGGAGAAUGUCAUAUCUAGUCUAUCCAGUCUGGAAGAAUUACAUGUGCCACGUGGUUUCAUCUAUAGCUAUGACGAAUAUCAUAUGGAGCUCAUAGUGAAGGAGAUUAGUAGAUUGACUCGUCUCACAAGUCUACAUUUUGAAUUCUAUCAGGACAAUACUUUUCAAGGUACAGAUAUAUCUUUUAAUAUAGACAGAUACAAUAUAUUUGUGGUUGAAAGAUCACAUGACUAUUUUCACUGUUACGAAGACCGGGAAGUUCUAAUAAAGAGGUCGAUUGAGUUGGCGGACAAUCACUGGAAGCCUUGGGAAGAUUUGAUAGUGAGUGCUGAACAAGUGACUUUGUCCCGCAGCAAUGUAAACGUGAGUAGCAUUUGCAAUGAUCACAAAAGAGCAUUUAAAGACUUGAAAAUACUGGAUAUUGAUGAAUGUGACAACAUGGGGCAUCUAGCAAGUAUAUCACGGGAUGGGAUUCAGGACAGUGUUCAAUCGGCAACAUGGUUUGCUAAAUUAACCAUUUUGAACAUUCGUAGGUGCUCUAAUUUGAAAUACCUCUUCUGCAACAACAUUGCAAAAACUUUGAUACAACUGCAGGAGCUGUACGUAGAUAGUUGUGAUUCUAUGGAAGCCAUUGUAAUGAAUGCAGGCACAAGUGAUGGAGAAAUCAUUAAUUUCGCCAAAUUAAAAUUACUCGAGAUAGAAGAUAUGCCCAAACUCAGAAGCUUUUGCGCAGAAAAUUCCAACUACCCCUCUGCUCAGUAUCUGGCCCUUUUGGAUAGAAUGGUUGCAUUCCCUUCUUUAGAACAUAUACGCGUAAUUCGGUGUGGCAGCUUGAGAAGCAUGUUCGCAUCUUCUGUUGCCCGUGAUCUUAAGCAGCUUAAGGGAAUGAUAGUAAAAGAAUGCAAGGAAAUGAGGAGAAUAACAAGAGUUGAUGAACAAGCAAUUAGUGGUGGCAUACUGUUGUUCCCUGAGUUGACGUAUCUAGAGCUAGUUGAUUUGCCAAAUUUGAUGAGUUUCUGGAGUUAUCAAAAUCUAAAACCUGAUGCUUGCAAGGACCCGCUCAUUCCUCAACUCUCGUCAAAUGUUGUUCUUGACAUUCCUGAUCUCAAAAGUUUUUUUGAUGAUCAAAAUUUCGAGUUGUAUAUGCCGGAUUUGGAGGAGGUGAUAGUUGAUAAUUGUCAAAUUACAACUCUUUUUACCUUUUCCGUGUUCAAGAAAUUCCAACUCAACAAAUUAAGCGUAAGCAGUUGUGAGUUUUUAGUGAACAUUAUUGAGGAUUUAAGGUGUGAUCAAAUUUGUGACAAGAUUAUCACACUCUCUCAUCUUACAGAAGUUGAUCUUAAUAAUUUGCCCAACGUCAAAAGGUUUUUCCAUGUUGCGAAUUAUGAAUUUCAUAUGCCGAUUUUGAAGAGGGUGAAUAUUUGUGAAUGUGGAAUAUCUGAUACUCUUUUUACGCGUUCUAUCUUCAAAAAUCUCCAACAACUAGAAGAAUUACAUGUAAGUGAUUGCGAACUGUUGGAUGGCAUCUUUGAGGAUGCAAUUUGUGAUGAAAUUUUGGAUACAAGUGACAAGAUUAUCACACUUAAUCGAGUCACUGAUAUAUAUCUUUACGAUUUACCAAAGUUUAAAAGUGUUUUCUAUGGUGCAACUUACGAAUGUCAUAUGCCGGCUUUAAGGAAUGUGACAAUUUUUGGUUGCAGUGAACUCCAUAUUCUUUUCACAUGCUCGGUGUUUCGAGAAAUCAGACAAAUUCAAAAUUUGUGUAUAGUAAGCUGUGAAUCAUUGGAACACAUUGUUAAAGAGGUAGAGGGUGACGGAACCUUUGGUAAGAGUAUCACAUUUCCUCAUCUCAAAUCAGUUGAAUUUAUGUUUUUGCGAAACCUCAAGAGUUUCAGCUACAGCAGGAGCUUUAUUUUUAAUAUGCCCAAACUGCAGUACUUCAAUCACUGUGGCUGUUAUAAGAUAGAAUAUUUCAGUUUCUUGGAUACCAGCGCCCCGUUCGUAAGUAUAAAUGCAUACCGGAAUAGAGUUGGACCAGGAUUGCAAUACAAUAAUGUAAGAAACCUGAUCAAAAAUGACGAUCGAUUCCAGGACGGAAUGGAAGAAGCAUUUCAAUAUGUGAAUGAUUAUGUAAGAGAACUCGUAAAAGCGAGAGCUGCUAGGUGUCUUGACUAAGAGAGUAUAUUUGAGCUGCUAGGCUAGAUUAAAUUUUGGGAAUGGGUUACCCCCAAGUUGGCCUCCUGCUUUGCACCUCAUUUUCAUAACGGGUUCCCAUUGCUGCCCACUCAGAAGAUACAUGAACUUUUCAGAAAGUUGUGAAUGCUGUCAAUCUUUGAUCUUGAUUCUACCCUCUAGCAUAUUGUUUUUAAGCUCAUUUUAGUUUUUUUGUUCAACAACUAUGCAUGCUACAAUUCACUUUAUUUCCAGAUGAAAUCUACAGAGUAAU